AUGGUUUCUUUCCAAUGCGAGGCGUGCGGAGAUGUUCUUACCAAGAAGAAACUCGACCCGCACCGCAACCGUUGUCGAGGCGCGGUCUUCACCUGCAUUGACUGCAUGACCACUUUCCAAGGAACACAAUACAAGGCUCAUACAUCAUGCAUGACAGAAGAUCAGAAGUACCAAGGUGCCUUAUAUCGCGAGAAGCCUUCAAAGGCUUCGAAGAGGAAGUCGGUAUCUAUCGUUGAGCCGGAGAAUAGCAAGGCUCUUGUUCCGCGACCGGCAUACGUUGAAGACGUACCAGAUCUUGACACACCUCCACAUGCUCCUUCGCCGCCGCCUGCGGUUCCAGCCUCUAAUAGCGAUAGUGUUUUCGACUAUAUGGUCGACGAGGGCACGCCAGGUACACCCCAGAUAAGUUUUUCAAAGAAGGAGAGGGAAGAAAUGUCCAUGAAACAGACAGCUCCAUCUAUCUUCACCGGCAGCAGGCCGUCAAGCCAGCACGGUUAUCGAACCGCAGAAGAGCAACUUCACAGUAAGGAAUAUGAAGAGAAUGGCUACACGUGGGGUGCAGAACCCGUAAAGCCUCGAGGCGCGCUGGAAAUGAACAACAGCGCCUUGUCGCUAGAAUUCAUGACUCCGGCAGCCAAAGAAGCCAAAUCCAGGUUGGACAAGAAGGAGAGACCACAGGUGCAUAGCCGAACCAACAGCGGGAGUGAAAAGAAACGAAAACGACCAACAGACGAUCACGUUCACGAAGGAGACGGUUUAAUUGUCGACACAAUCAAGGCCGACACUCCUGGCAUCAUUCACUCUGGGCUCACUGGAGGUCUCAGUCGUAUGAUGUCGAAAGACGAGGAAUUUCCCUUUCAGCGAUCUCCAGAGAUCGGAGACAGGCGUCAAAUCUUUGAGAAAGAGCGUCCUUCCCGCCGAAACCACAAGCCCGAAGAUCCCACAUCGCCUUUAAAACGUACCCGUCAUACCAAAGACGACCAGAAUGGUCUGGGCAUUUCCAUCAAAGGCCAUGCUGUGAAAGCACUUUCCAUGGUCGGCGGAGCGCUUCUCCCUGCAUCGCAGAACGACAGCCAGCAAAGUCGAACGCGGAGAAGGGCAAGCUCUUCCGACAAUGGCCAGAGUGCUAUCCGUGUCCGCGAAGGCGAGAAACGUGAGAGGAAGAAACACAAAGUCCACCGCCACAAUGGUACGGCAUCAUCUAACAUCCGUCAUGAGCAUCGGUCCCGACGCCGCACGUAUAGCGAUGACUCGCCUACGCACUCUCAGGGUGAAGGCACAAGCCGAAAGCUCAAGGCGAUUGAGUACCGUAAGCAGGACGACUCCGAUUCGGAAUCAGACUCCGCUCAGCACCAUGCCAACGGUGCCGGGAGACGCAAAAGUACCAAUGGGACAAUGGUCGUUUUCGGCGCAGAGGAGAAGUCCAGGCGCGCAUGCCGCGGAUUUCUUGCCAAUGCGCCAGGUCUGGAGUCCGAGAAGGGCUACUCGAUGCACAAGAUGCUGAAGCGCUGGCAUAAGCAAAACGAUGUCCGAAGUUCGACUCAUAAAGCAGAAGAGGAACAAGACCUGUGGAGGGGGUUACGACUGAAGAGAAAUGAGCGAGGAGAGUAUAUGGUCUUCUUCUGA